AGCGUGAACAACGCGGAGUCUCGUUGGAUGUGCGCAUUGAGAGUCUCUCCGCCGCCGUUCUGGACCUCGAUCCAACAACCCUCCACGACGACGAGAUCUUCUUCUCUUCUCCUCCUUCUCCCCCUUCGCCGGCGUCUACAUCGGCCUCUCACCUCCUCAGCGAUGGGUGACAACGUCAAGGAAAUCAAAGUGGAGGAAAAGAAGAAGACCGAAGCUGAGAAGCCGGAGACGCCGCUGCAGCCGCCGGAGAAGCCGCUUCCCGGCGAUUGCUGUGGGAGUGGAUGCAUGCGAUGCGUUUGGGAUGUGUAUUAUGAGGAGCUGGAAGCCUACAACAAGAGCUUUGACCUUGCCCCAUCGGAAGCUAAGAAUCAGUAAAAAGGCGCCUCUUUUCCUCUUGUUUUGAUCUGAUUUUUUAGCGUUGUUUGAUGGAUUUCAUACAUGAUUGAUUAAUUUGGCCAUUUUUUUGGGGAAUUUUUUUGUUUGAUUUGUGAAUGAAUUCAUGGAGGUUCGGAAUCUGCACGCCAAGUGUUUGUUGAAAUGCUCUUGAAAGGAUGAAUAGUAAUUUUGUGAUAAUAAAAACAAA